CGAUGCCCGAGCAAAUCACGCACUAUGGUUGCAAGUUCAGCGGAUAUUCUCACAAGACGGCGAUAGCACUUGAGGAAGCAAAGGCACAGUACACUCAUGUGGAGGUCGACUUCACGAACAAGCCUGACUGGUUAUUCAACGUCAAUCCGGCAGGGAAGAUCCCUGUGAUCGUGUACGGUGGCGCCUCCGCGCCGGCCGACCAGCCCUCUCCCGAGUCUGUGAAACUCGCCGAGUCCGCUGUUCUCCUCGAGUUCAUCGCGGACCUCUACCCCGGCUCCGGGCUCAUGCCUUCCGAUCCUGUUCAGCGCGCCAAAGUCCGCUUCUUCCAUAACACAGUCGACACAGUCCUCAUCCCCGCGCUGUUUACGUGGUUGAUCAACAGCGCACCCGCCAGCACAAUCGUCGAAGCACUCAAGAAGGUGCAGGAGCUGCUCCCCGACAAUGGCGCUUUCGCAAUCGGCGACCAGUUCACGAUUGCAGAUGCGAGCAUUGCCGCGAUAUAUGUGCGUAUCGUGCUGUUGGCUGAGAAAGGUCUUCCAGGAGAGGAACAGGCGACCGGUGUUUUGCAGGCGCUCAGCACGCCUGAGCUCGCCAAGGUUAAGGCUUAUGGAGACAGACUGACCUCACGUGCGAGCGUUGCUUCGUCGUGGGACAAAGAAACAUCGGUCGCAUACCUUGCAAUGGUGGCGAAACAAGGAGCCAAGUGAGCCAUUUGAUCGGCGGGGCUACAUGCUCAAAACGCUGUAUAACAAUCGAUAGUGUUGUGGCGUCCAUUGAGAAUCCUCGAGGUUUUACACCACUUCAACAUGUACGCGGAAAUAUGUUGUACGACGAUAUGCGUACUAUAGAUAAAGCAAGGUCUAUGAGACGACGUUUUUC